UUGUUCUCACCAGCUCAAGCUCUCCCCUUCCUUCCCCCUUCGUUGCCUCGGAACUCGCGAGUCUUUUCCCGUCGUUGCCGGUGAUCUCAGCCUGUGUUGCGCAUGCUUGGUUAUUCGACGGAAGAAGCUGGACUCUCAGUAAGAGAAAGCGAAGCUCAGACCGCAGUUGUUGUUACAACACGGAUUAGGAGAGGAAGGGAAACAUGGGGAGAGGAAAGAUCGAGAUCAAGCGGAUCGAGAACAACACGAGCCGCCAGGUCACCUUCUGCAAGCGCCGGAACGGGUUGCUCAAGAAAGCCUAUGAAUUGUCCGUCCUCUGCGACGCCGAGAUCGCGCUCAUCGUCUUCUCCAGUCGUGGCCGCCUCUACGAGUACUCCAACAACAGCAUUAAAUCGACCAUCGAGAGGUACAAGAAAGCAUAUGCCAACACUUCCAAUUCAAGCUGCACUAUAGACACCAAUUCACAGCAAUACUACCAGCAAGAAGCAGCAAAGCUGCGCCACCAGAUACAGAUUCUACAAAAUGCAAACAAGCACUUGAUGGGUGAAUCCCUGAGCUCUCUGAGCGUGAAAGAGCUCAAGCAGCUGGAGAACAGACUCGAAAGAGGCAUCACAAGGAUCAGAUCAAAGAAGGUAAACCAUCCGUCUGCCAAACAUUCAGUGCAGCUUCUCUAUUGUCCUAACGAGUUCAAGUUUUCUUCCCAGCAUGAGCUGCUGUUUGCAGAGAUCGAGUACAUGCAGAAAAGGGAAGUUGAGCUUCAAAAUGACAACAUCUACCUCAGAGCCAAGGUAGCGGAGAAUGAGCGGGCGCAGCAAGAAGUUAUCGUGUCGACCGGAGCCGAAUUCGAUGCUCUUCCAACUUAUGAUUCGAGGAACUAUUACCAUGUCAACAACAUGUUGGAGGCAGCAUCCCACUACUCUCACCAUCAAGAUCAGACAGCCCUCCAUCUUGGUUACGAAAUGAAGGACAGUUCUGCUGCAAAGAACAUGAUAUGAGCAUGUCUGGUUCGUGACGACUGUAGCUAGUAACCCUGCGCGUGCUUAAUCCUAAGAGGACUGUGUGAGAGCUGUUACUUGACUCUGUAAUGUACGUAGACGCUUCUCUAUUUGUACUGUGCCAAUAAAAGGUAUCGAACCAGUGGCUACUACCCCAUCGUUUCACUCUUUAA